GACAAGAUGGCGUUGCCGCGGAGGUUGUGGUUCCUCCUGCUGUGUGCCUUGCAACCUAAUGACAUUAAGGGAAGCAGCUGUCCAGAUGACGUUGUCUCUGUCAGUGGGGGGGAUUGCUUCUUCAUUACAAAAGACGAGAAGACGACUUAUUUAUCCGCCUCAAAGUAUUGCAACGCCAACCAUAAGAAGACAGCUUUCCCGAAGACUCUGGCAGCUAACAACGAGCUGAAGUCACAUCUUCUACGGCUAAACCCUAACUGCAGGACCGCGUCUGAAUUCCGGUACUGGGUAAACAUACAUCGUACAGAGGAGACACCCUUCUUCCACGUUGGCAGCAGAGUUACCCAACUGCCCUACACUGACUGGGACCCAGAUAAACCUGUCCCUAAGGAUGAGUAUGGAUCUAGCAACUGUGCUGUCUUUGCCUGCUCCAAUGGGCAGUACCGAUGGGAUGUCAAUACCUGCAGCAAAUCAAGACGCGUCGUUUGUGGAAUGAAAGACUGUCCACAAGGUUGCAGCACUGCGGCUGAAACCUCGACAACUGCAUCUGUUAACAUCACUGCGUCUCCUAAUACAACAUCAACUACACAGGAUGUGACAACAGUAGGGCUCACUUCUAAUUCAUCAAUGGACACGGUGAAUGUGUUGUCGAGUACAACCAUGGCAACUCAAUUUCACAUGGGUUCAACUGCCAGUUGGUUUGAGGCAUCCGUCGGGACAACCCUACUUGUGAUUCAGAUCUUCCAUUUCAGUUCAUAAAGGCAAAUACAAUGUACAUAUCUGUACACACAAAAAACAUGUCCAUUUCCAUUUCCAGUACAUUAUUUUGAACUUGUGCAGUGAAUGUUGAUUAAACGAUUC